CCCAACUUCAAUACCUUUCUGAAACUUUCUAGGGUUUUCGACCCUCUCUUUUUCACUUGGGUUUUCAGCUUUAUGAAAAGAAAUCAAAAUCUUUUUGGUUUGAAUCGGUUGUGUUAUUUGAAAGAUGGCGGAAACGUACCUCACAUCCGAAAAACCUUCCAAUUCGUCGCCGUUGAAUCCUCCUUCGCGUAUAAUCUGCAAUGUUUGCCAGAAGCAAUUCUCGCAAUACACCUGCCCUCGAUGUAAUUCCCGUUACUGCUCUCUUCCUUGCUACAAGUCUCACAGUGUUCGCUGUACUGAAUCAUUUAUGCGAGAAAAUGUAGUUGACGAACUUCGCCAACUUCAACCUGACGAUCAAACCAAACGGAAAAUGCUUGAAAUUCUGAAACGAGUCCAUUCGGACGAAGAAGCCGAUCCUUUAGAUGCAGAUGCUGAUGAUUCGACUCUUUCCGACGAGACUAUUCAGAAGAUUUUAUCAGGAGGUGAGGUUAAUAUUGAUGAUUUGUCUCUUGAAGAGAAGAAACGAUUCCAAAGAGCUUUGGCAUCUGGAGAAUUGAGUAAGAUGAUUGAGCCAUGGGAACCUUGGUGGUUGAAGCCUGCUGCUAGAACAAUCUGUCUAAGCAGGGAUGGAGCACGACUUAUACAACAUACAGUGUCACCCGAAGAUGAUCCCGAAAGCAACCAACCAAGUGAAAUUCCUCAUGGCCCCGAAACUCCACUUCCUUCACUUUGCAAGCUCAUUUCUACAGAACCAUCUCCGCUUUUAACUGUUCAUUUAGUUGACAUUCUAUAUAGUUACUGCUUCACGCUUCGCAUGUACAACGGAGAUUGGCAAUCUGAUGCCGUAGGAUCAGCAAUGGUUGUAUUGAGUAUAUCAAGUGUGUUAGGUCAAGCUGGACAGCCCGAAACCUUGUCGGAAGCUCUGUGUUAUUGCUUGGAGCAGACCUGCUCUCCGGCUUACCGGGACAUUGGUGGCUUCCAAUUUGGAUUGACAAUUGUUGAUGACGUAACAAGCCUACUUUCUCUUGGAGGUCCUGCUUUAGUCUGUAUGCUUUGUGAUCUACAAAGGAUGAUUGUGGCUGCCGAAAGGGAAUUGAAAUCCGAGAAACAAAGAAAGCCUAGAAAAUCCGAGAUGAAAAACAAGCUGAAGCUUGCUGAAAGGAAGGUUUAUUUCAUCAUGUGUUGGGUUCAUGAGCAACCGGGCGAAGCAUGGUCUUCUUUAGCAGCCAUUGUUAGUGCAGAAAAGAGUUCAUUAAUGGAAUAUGGCGGCAAUAAAAGUUUUCCCAUAACAGAGAAGAAUGUAGCAGAAAACAAGGGCAAAGCGUUGAUAGAAGAAAUGUAAUGGUAUUAUUUGCCAAGUACCCUUCUCAAUUUGGGAACGGGAAUUUUGUCGUAGGUCACGUAUAGUUCUGAUGUAUAUUUCAGUCGUAUCUUAAGUCGAUCUUAAGUGAGUAAUAGCUUGAUGGCUUUAAGGUUCCCGUUUUGUGCCGU